UCGACCAUUCUCGCAAUAUUCGCAAAAGGUUGGAUGAAAUCGAGGCAGGGCAGACAGCCCUUAAGGAUUCCUUUAGGAUGACCAGGACUAACACAAACGAAGACUUCGCGAAUUCAAUUAAGGCUUUGCAGGCCAAGCUGGAUGCGGGAUUGAACAUAAUGGAGGAACUUAGGACGAUAAAAAUAACAGCCGAUGCCAACGAUGAACUGGAAAGCCAAGUAAAUACCUUGAAAGGCACCAUAAUAGACUUACAGAGUCAGGUAAAAAAAUUAGAAGGACAACUAAAAAUAAAAGAAGGUAUUUUAAACGUGAAAGAGGAGCAAAUCAAAAUCCAGCAAGAAGAAAUCUCUGACCUUAGGAGUCAAAUUAAAGCGAUUGGGAAAACAAAAACAGAACUAUCUAGUCAGCUUUCUGAAGUGAAUAAAUAUUAUGACAUUUUACUUGACUCUUGUCCCAAUGACAGUCCCAAUGGGAUUUACCAAAUAAAGCUUCGGGGUCUUGAACCCUUUAAAGUGCCAUGUGCGACAUCUCUACCUGGUUGGACUGUAAUUCAGAGACGUAUUGACGGAUCCGAGAACUUCAAUCGAACCUGGUAUGAAUACAAAAAUGGAUUUGGGAAUGUCAGUAAAGAAUUUUUCAUCGGGCUGGAAAAAUUGCAUCGGAUGACUGAAGCACGACCCCACGAACUCUACAUUAAACUUGGGAACAUUAAUGGAUCCACCAGCUACGCUCGUUACGAUGAUUUUAAGAUCGGGAGUGAGGAGGAAGCCUACGAGUUGAAGAAUCUGGGGAAAUAUUCUGGUGAAGCCGGAGACUCCCUCGAAUACGAUAAGAACGAAAAGUUCUCCACAUUUGAUCGGGAUAAUGACAGUUAUAUGGAUUAUAAUUGUGCGAAUGAAUAUGGUGCAUGGUGGCACAAAUACUGUUCAGAAAGUUCGCUCAAUGGAAAUUACAAAAAAGAUGGCAAAGGUCUUAAAGGAAUUCAUUGGCACUCAUGGCAUGAAGACUGGAAGACAUCACUUACCUUUGUUGAAAUUAUGAUAAGGCCCAAGUCUUUUUGA